ACUACAGGACUUUGGUUGCAACAAUGAUCUAUAUGGUCCCAGAUUAUAUCAAUAACGUCACAGCUCCGACCUGGUGUAUCUUCUGUGCCAACAACUAUAGGCAAAUUUCCCCCUCCCUUGUCAGACUGGUAAUUUGCAUCAACACUGACACUAGUUUUCAAAUUCUCAUCAUUGUGCAUACCGCAAAAUUUCAUUUCCCUUCUUAGAGUUGACUCAUUCUCCCCAUCAGCAGUCUCAGGUCCUUUUCCCUUCACCUUUCUCCUAGAGGGUUGAGAUCUGAACCUCCCUGCUUAAAGAAUCCCGUGGCUGGGUGUGUCCACCAACUGCAGCCCCUCUGGGCUCUGAGCAUCUACCCGGACACUCUCCUGCAUUCUUACUUUUAGAUCCACCACCCAGAGACUGGACUCGAUUUACAGGGACAUAAUCAAUGCCUACCAACAAGUCAGAAUCAGGAUUCUGCUUACUCUCCUCUCUCCAUUCUUGGUUCCCCAUCGGAGCAGACGGGCCCGAGCCCACCUCUGACCCCUCUCCCUGCUCCUAAGGGCUGAACUGGCAAUUUGCCCGCAGAGCCCUGGAGCUUCCUGUUUGCGGCAUUAUAAAACCUCAGCCUUCGCUGCCCAUUGGCGCUUGGGAAAUCGCCUGCAGCACGGACACAGCCUGCGGGUCGGGGUACACGGGGUGAGUGCUUGCUUAGCUCUGUGCCGCUGUUCCCGUAGCUUGAUUUCGCAGCUUGGGUUCGUAGUUCGUGGUGGUAACUGGCCAGGAAAGCCGGGCACGCGGAAGAGCCCAUCGAUGUCAGGCGCACACCGAUGCCCUUUGAUGUUGGCAGCAGAACGUUACCCAAAGUCUUCCACCUCACCCAUCCUUUUUGUAGGCUUUAGUUUGAACAAGAGUCUAUGGGUCUCGCUGGGUCGCGCUGCCUCUGGGUACGGUGUGAUGGAUCACCCGUCAAUUGCAGAUGUGACCGUCAGCCUCGGACCUGGCUUUGAUCUUGUUUCAAUGGCACCUUUGUUCUUUUCUUUUAGGGUGGACUCUUCUCACUUUGUCAGGGCUGUUGUCUGCAUCUUCAGCCCUUGGUGUUUGCAUUUUACCUUAUGGGGACAGGCUGGGGCUGGAGGUUGAUCCCAUUAUCCAUGCAUCCCUCACUCACACAUCUGAACUAAGUUAAUAAGGUUACAGCAGGUUUUGCAAAAUGGACUAAGCAUUUCAAAAUGGAGUUUUAGAUACAAUAUGGAAAACACAAUUUCAUUCUUCAGCUCUACACCGCGGGCCUGGAGCCAUCUCUUCUCGGGGGCGUGGUGGGGCCUUCCAGCGGGGAACAGCCGAGCCCACGGGGCAAAUGCCGAUGUCUUCCUGCCUGCACUUCGUGGGCAGCAGCUCCUCUACAGGACAUAGUCAAAGGGUUUAGGGGUGAGAUUCUGUCUGCUCCCCCUGCAUCCUUGUGCCAGAGCUGGGGUGUGUCCCCCACGUUGCCUUUCGCAGAGCUACUGGCAUGGCCAGCAGGAGGAAUAUGGGGCUCCAUCAGGGCGCAGAGCUGCAGGGAACAGAACCCGGGAGCCCUGCUGCUCUGACCACUAGCACCUGCUGCUCUAAACCACUAGCUCCCCUGUCUAGCGCCGGGGUUAGGCCCCCGGAGUCCUGGGUCCCAGAGGGGUGGAGGGGAGGUGGGACCCCAGGUGACUAAUGAAGAGACGGCCCAGGUGCCCGUUUUCACUCACACAGGUGCAAUCGUGGAGUUUCUCAAGUAGGAACGCAGAGGCAGAAUCAGGCCUGAAGUGGGCCCCCGCCCCACCCCCCCGCAGCUAGCAAAGGCCUCUCAGCUGGGAGGGCCGCAGGGAGCUACCCCAGAGGGAUCCCGAGUUCCUGCCCCAGCUCCGGGAGGGGGCUACAGCCUGAGGUCCCUCUGCUUCCCUCUCUCCUGGGUGGAAGGAGAUGGAGGUAGGGCUGGUUCCUACCCCCCCUCCCGUAGCUACCCCCCUUGCUGCAGCCUCAGCAGAGGAGAAGUCUGAAUGGGCCCUGGGAUGGAGCCCCCCCAAAGGGUCCCUCAGGGGCAGGGCCGAGGUGCACCAGGGAGGUUUGGGUUCUGUGGGGAGCGCCCAAGAUGCAGACAGCUGGGAGGCCCCAUGGCAAGGAGCUCACAGCCCGGCGUGGGGGCGGGGCACUCACCCACCCGGGCCCUGCAGCAGGAAGGAGGCUGAGGUGAGGUUUUUGCAAGAGGAGACUCUCCCCGGCCCCAGCUGCCCAGGCUAUCUGCAGCGACGUGGCUGCUGGCAGCAGACAGGUGUCCCGCCAUGGCUCAGUGGCUCUGAGCCGCUGGGGAAGAAGGCUCAUGUGAGCCAAAACCUCACCCACUUGGCUGGCUGAGUUAAUCUCCCCAGGAUGCAAUUCCGUUCCAAACAGCCCCUUUGAGAUCUCCUGUGCCCGACUCGUCUGCCUGCGCAGGGGCCCUCUGCCAUCACCGCCUCCGUCCUGAGCAGGUGUGUGUUUGCACCGGUCUGGAGACCAGACAGGGAGCUGAGAACGUACCUUGCACCGUCAUUUACCCCACGGGAGAGUGUAGCUGUCCUGACCUGGGGGGCGUUUCACGGGUGUAAACGCCUGCAUGAAGUGCUGGGGGGCCGGAGAACGGGGCCCCGAGGGGUUUAGGUGAGGGUGGCAGCACUGGGAAUCAAACCCAGAGCUCCAGGAAAGGGGGUGGAAGCCUCCACCACAGCCAGGUUCCUUUCUGGGCCGCCACCCCACCUCUGACCCCUCUCCCUGCUCCUAAGGGCUGAACUAGGCAAUUUCUCUGCAGAGCCCUGGAGCUUCCUGUUUGCGGCAUUAUAAAACCUCCGCCUUCACUGCCUGUCCGCACUUGCGAAAAUCGCCUGGAGCACGGACGCAGCCUGUGGGGUCUGGGCACACGGGGAUACAGACCCUGCUGCAGAAUGAACGUCACCGAGUUGUCUGGUGACUACGAUCUUGACUUUAACUUCACUGCGCCCAUCUUUGAAACGCCGGAUCCGCAGCCUUUCCGGCUGACCCCCAUCCUGUGGGCAGCUCUGGUUCUCUACUCCCUCGUCUUCCUGCUGGGCAUGCCGGGGAACGCGGCUGUCAUCUGGGUGACGGGCUUCGGGAUGAAGCGCACGGUGAACACCGUCUGGUUCCUCAACCUGGCGGUGGCCGACCUACUGUGCUGCCUGGCGCUGCCGUUCCUAGCCGUGCCCGUGGCCCGCGGCAACCGCUGGGAGCUGGGUGACUUCGCCUGCAAGCUGCUCCCAUCCCUCAUCAUCCUGAACAUGUUUGCCAGCGUCCUGCUCCUGACGGCCAUCAGCGUGGACCGCUGCGCCCUGGUGACCAGGCCCAUCUGGUGCCAGAACCACCGCACGACCCGGCUGGCCUGGGGCGUGAGUGGGGCAGCCUGGCUCCUGGCUCUGCUCAUGACCCUCCCAACCUUCAUCUUCCGGAAGACGCACGCCGAAGCGUUCUCAGACAAAGUGAUGUGUGUCCUGGAGUACGUUCAAGUGUCCAGUUACCAGACCGCCGUUGAGGUGUCCGUCGCUUCCUUCCGCUUUGCCGCCGGCUUCCUGGUCCCCUUCGUGGUGAUCGCCACCUGCUAUGGCCUGGUCCUAGCCCGCGUCCACAGGAGCCGUUUCACUCGCUCCCGCAAGACCAUUAAGGUCAUUCUUGUGGUGAUCGUCGGCUUCUUCGUGUGCUGGCUCCCCUACCACGUGGUGGGGCUGAUCCUGGCCACCAACAAGUCCAGAACGAGCCUGUUCAAAGGUGCCUCUGAGUCCGACCCCCUGACUGUGGGUCUGGCCUACGUCAACAGCUGCCUCAACCCCAUCAUCUACGUCAUCAUGGGCCAGGACUUCAAAGACCGGUUCCAGCGCUCGCUGAAGACCAUCCUCCGCAACGUGCUGAGCGAGGAUUCGCUCUCCGUGGGUGACAGCAGGAAGAAGACCAGAUUCACUCAGGAGACCAAGUCCACGAUGGAGGACCGGAGCAUCGGGGUGUGAGCUGGGGAACGGGCCCCUGGCAGCCUCACCGUGAGCCGGGCUUGUGACAUGUCAGGUGACGGCUGCCUCCCCUUCAUUCACUGUUGUUACCCUGGGGGGUCCAUGCAGGGCACACAGCUGUGUGGCCACCGCCCCUGCACCCUCCCAAGUCCUGCAGGCUGUGGGGUGGGGCAGACGGUGAUUUAAUGCACAUAGUGCCACCUCUACAUUUGCAUAUCUGAAUAGUUAUGCUCUCAUUCUCCUAUUUCCCCAUCAUCCAACCCUUUGGUGCCUCACUCCCCUUCCUACCCUCCCAGCUCCUGCCUUGAUUCCCUCCAAUCUCCAGUUCCCCAUGUCCCCCUGCUCCAAAUUCCUUCUCCAUCCCUUCCCCCGAGUCUGACCCCACCCGCAACAACCCCUCUGCCAUAGAGACAUGACUGGAGCAACACCCGGAAUCGCUCUACAACCACAUCUCCAUGGCUACAGGCCACAUUCUGGGUGGGUCUCCUCUCUGGCUAGGGUCCUCUCUGUGGUUGGAGACCUCCAUGCAGUGGGGUCUCCUCUCUGUCUGGGGUCCUCCGAGAGAGAACCUGCCUCCAGGAGGCUAACUAUAGAGAUAUGGCGUAUGGAGUCUCACCCUCAGCUCUGCAGCUGUCCCAGGCAGGAGCCCUGCAUUGGGUGCUUGCCAAUCCAAGAGCCAGGCUGGAGCUGGUGGCCCUCGGCCUGGGUUCCUCUCUCCCAAGCUACGGGGGUAACUCCUCUGCCAGGCAGCAGUAGUAGCCUGUUACCCUCUUAGUCAAAUCAGCCACAAGAGGGCGAUAGAGACCUGCCCUCCCUAGCACGGGGCUUACGGAGACCCAGGGCCGCAGGGCGUGACUCUCCCUGCCCCUUAUGCAGUCGUCGGCACCAGCCCAGGGUGUGAAGCACAGGUCGGAACGGGGCAGCGUUUGGGCACGCGCUCUGCAUGGGUGCGGCCGAGCACCUGAGAGCCAGGCAAGCAGCAUCCACCAGGGGAAGAUUACGGGAGAGUUUCUAGCCUCCCACCCCUGUUGCCAGAGGCUCGGAAUUUUCUGUAACUUCCCCCUUUUAGGGCUGGGAUUUUGGGGAUUAGGUUUUUGGAGCCAACCGCCCCCGCCCCACCCCCCCAGCACCCUGCAGAGGCACCAUUCCGGAAAUGUUGGUGGUUUGGGUUUUGUGUCAUGGGGGAGGACGACUGGCAGGAAAUCACCCUCCUGCUCCAGGGCACGAGCCAGCCCCUGACUGACUGGGCCAGGGAGAGACUUCCCAGGAGGUGACAGGUCUGAGUGCACCUCUGCCAGGCCCAGGCCUGGGACACAGCACCCUGUGCUGACCCAGGGGGUCUGAGUGAGUCCUGGCACCUCUGGGCUUCCCUUUGGGAGCCGGUGCCCAGCAAGCCAAAGUAUUGUUUGUUUUAACCAUAGGAACAAAGCAUUUAAAGGGGAAAAGGGUUUUAAAAACAGUCUGCGACCAUUUCUCUCCUACCUAAAACCAUUCUGCGAUGGGGAUCUAGACAGGGCCGGCGUCUUCAGUUGCCCCAGCGGCUCCUGCAUGUCACCCUGGCCCCCCCAAACAGCCCCUCCCAGGAGACGCUCGUUACAAACGCUUGAGUCCCUUUGCUCGCGGGCGUGCACAGGCCUCGGGCUGGCCUGGCGCUAUCUCCUACCAGCACACCGGCCUCUGGAGCAGCUGGGACUGGCUGGGCAGAGGUAGCGUGAGUCCUGCCCUGAUCCGUGGUCCCGGAACCCCCCAGGAGGUCUCACCAUGACCCUCCCUCCAGCCCCGUGUGAUUGUGCAUUGCUCCCUCCGGGCCUGGCAGCCCCGGUCUCUGCGGCGCCCCCUCGGCCCUGGGCUGAGGUCCCCCUGCCUGGCAGAUAAACAGUGGCUCUGUGGCUUGCUCCUUGGCGCUCCGCCUUCCUCCAUUAGCCUGUACGCGGCUCUGCUUACCCUGGGCGAGGCCCCUCCGUCGCCCGCUGGGUCAGCGCCAAUGUGAUCCUGGGGGUGUUUCCAGGUUUGCCAUAAACACAGACAUGGCUGCUGCCGGGUCUCUCCUUGACUCUUGCUGUGACGAUGAGUGUGGGGCAUCUGGGGGGGGCAUGAAGCCACCUGUUUAUUUGUCAGGGCCGGGGGACAAGGCACCCGAGGGGCUGGGAAUGGGGCUGCCACGCCCUGAAGGGAGGGUUGGGGUGUGUGUUACAUUUAGCAGUUUAUGGCGCUGUCCACAAGGCUGGGCUUCUCGGGGCGCUGGUUCUGCACACACUGUCCAGAGGUCUCUCUUUGCCAGGGUCCCGUACGCGGACCAAUUCAUGCACCACACAGUGGGGGGUUCUUCAGAUUCCUGCCCCCCCCCCAGCGCGCGGUGCUGCUCCCAGGAGACCCGAGUAACUGCUCCCCGUGUUCAGUGAAUAAAUGUGCCUCUUUGUCGCUGCGUUGGAGUUUGUAUCGGGAUGUUGGGCUGGUGCUUCAGGGUUAAAAACUGAAAAGCAGAAGCCCUGUUCCUAGCUGAGCUCAUCACCUCUGGUGUUUUCCUGGGCGUCUGCCGUGCGACGUAGCUAGGGACAGCUGCAUGUGGAGACAUGGGGCGGGGGCAGGCCAUGAAAGCAGCGUGUCUGAAAGGCGCCACAGGCUGGGUGCCUGGUGGGGUCUGAUGAGUGGAGGGUGAGGGGCUUCCCUCUGCCUCAGUCCGUGGCCCUGAAGCACACCGAGUCGGGUGCUUCCCAGCGGAUGCGGAGCGUGACGUUCCCUGGCCCCAGGACUCUGAUCCCGCGGUCAGAUCCGGGCCGGUGCAGGGGGGUCACGAUCCAAGGAGCCCAGCUGCUGGGUGCUGGGGGCUUUUCGAUGUGCCACAAGCGAGGGAGCGACAGGGGCAGGGGCAGCACACGCUGGCCAGGAGGGUGCAAGCAGAAACAUCUCCAGUGAGUCUGUGAAUUAUGUAUGUUCCAUUCUAUGCAUCCGAUGAAGUGGGCUGUAGCCCACGAAAGCUUAUGCUCUAAUAAAUUUGUUAGUCUCG